AUGUCUCAAUUAUUUAGAGUUGCUCAACGUUCUGGUAUUUUAAGAAGUACCGGUUUAAUUAAUCAAACUUCUUCACAAAUUAAUAGAGCUGGAGCAAGACCACCAAUUUUUUUUAAAGAUAAUAAAUAUGAUGGAGAGAUGGAAGAAAUGUUUGAAGUUAAACCAGAAUUUAUGUCACCAGACGCAGAUCAUCAAUUAGAACGUGAUCCAGCAGUUCACAUUAAAUUCUUUUUCAAAUUCUUUGGUAUUUUAGCUGGUUUUGGUUUAGCAUGCUAUUUGCUUACUGACCCAACAAAUAAACAAGUUACUGAAAGAGAUUUACCAUUUAACAAUUUAUAUUUAGAAUAUGGUGGUGACCCAAAUAUCACUCCAGAUGAGAAAAAAUGGAGACUUCAAAUGGGCGACAGACAAGCAAUUUACAGAGCUAAAUAUGGCUUAGAUAAAUAA